CGUCAAAAUCCAACCUUUUUGAUCGAAUUCAUCUUCAAUUGAUGCCGAUCGACGGCGUGUGAUAUCAUCUGUGCUCGAAUUCGAUCGUGGAAAACCCUAGUUUUUGUGCUUUGUUAAGUAGCGCGAUCGCGAUGCGAUGAUUGGAUUAACUUUCGAUUUAGGAUUUAGGAUGUGAGAUGGCAAAAGGAAAAAAAAUUUCACACAGGCACAAUGUUGGGGGAGGAGGCCAUGGAGAAUUCAGUGGAGGAAUGUGAGUUGCCGACCGAAGAGUGUCAGUGGAGGCAGGAGUUGGAGCACCACCAAUCCCAAGUCGAUGCAUUACACGAUAAAUUUAUGGAGGUUGAGGGUAACAUUAAAUGUUCUGAGGAGGAAGCAGAGAAGGAACUAGAACAUCUUUGGCAUAGAGUCAAAGCCAUUGCGACCCUGCUUACAUAUCUGAAAUCAAAGGCGAAAAUAAUGGCGGUUCCCCAUUUAGCCCAUACUUCAUGUGGGAUUAAACAUCAACAGGGAAUAGGGUUUGUCGACAAAAAUGGCAUUCCAUUAUCCGAUUGGUCUAAGGAUGUUGAUCUCUCUCAGUUUGAAAGUUCAGAUGAUAGUUUAGAUGGCAUAUUGAAAUCAGUUCAUCUUGUGACAGAUGUAAUGGAAAGCCUUGUCAAAAGGGUGAUAAUGGCGGAGACUGAGGCUGCUAGUGAGAAAGAAAAAGUAAAGGAAGGGGUGGAAGAGAUUAGAAGAAAAUCGUUACAGAUUGACACAAUGUCAGCGAGAGUUGAAGAGAUGGAAAAUUUCGCACAGGGAACAAACAGUAUUUUGAAUGAGAUGAAGCAGAAGGUUGAAGAUAUGGUGCAGGAAACAUCUCGACAGAGGCAGCGAGCUGCAGAGAAUGAGCAAGAGCUCCGUCGUGUGAAGCAGGAUUUUGAGUCACUUAGAUCCUAUGUUUCUGGUCUUAUAAGUGUCAGAGAAACUCUUCUCUCAUCAGAAAAGCAAAUUCAAACAAUAGAGAAGCUCUUUGACAGGCUGAUUGCUAAAACUACUCAUUUGGAGAACGAGAAGGAGCAGAAAGAAGCGGAGGUUCAGAAGCUCAUGGAGGAGAAUGUGCGGCUACGAGCCCAGCUGGACAAGAAGGAGGCGCAAUUACUUGCCAUGAGCGAGCAGUGCAAGUUCAUGGCUUUGAACAAUUCCAACCGUUAGUGUCUGGGAAGCCAGCGUCGCUCGAGGUUCCUCCGAUUAUCUUUCCACGGACCUGUUUGGCACCCGAGAUUGAAUUGAAUAGAAUAAGACAAGAGAGUGAUAUUGGAAGAGAAGGGUUUCACAUCGGGGUUGCGAGUGAUUGGGAUUAUCAAAUUCACCGCUGCCUGUGAGGGUGCCAUUGAAUGGGAUUGGAUUCAAAAAACUUUCAUUAUAUCCGACUGGAUCCACCUCCUACGCGUCAUGACUCCGACGCCUCCGAGUCGUUUAAACUCUUCCUCUCUUCAAACAUUGCUCUUUCAUAUUAUUCUAUCUAAAUCCAAUCUCGAGCAACUGAUAGGCUCUAUGGAUAUCAUUUCCCAUGCAAACUUUUAUUCCUUAUCAUAUCUCCCAGUUUACGUCAGUUGUGUGUUGCGCAAUUGUGUGUUGACUUGCAUUUACAGCACAAUCUAACAAUGAUUUAUUUACCUGUAAGUAAUCGUUUUAUGAAUCUCUUUCUGUUUUC